CAGCGUACAUGCCGGAGUACCGCGGCCCGAUCUGGCUCUUGGGCUUCCCUUGUGCUCCCAUGCAGAGAGAGGUCCCCGAGGGAGGUGACGCCAGCUGAGACAGAAAAACAAGGACCAGACACACGGCCUCAAACAUGGCAGACUGGGACUACGACACAGGUGGCCCCAGAUCCUCCGCGCCGGAUGAGCUGUGCCAUCCCCAAUCCGAGUAUUCUCAGUGGAAGCUCAAACUGUUUAGGGUGAGGUCCAUGGAGAAAGCCCCCCUGCCCGUCGAGGAUAAAGACUCUUUGACUGCGGCUCCAAAUAUAGACAAUGGUUUGAGUCCAGGAAGUGUUAUGAAACUAUGCCUCGGAGGGAAGAGUAAGGAGAACGUGGAGGGACCGGGCCAAAGGGUGGAUCGGAAACUGCAGGAGAUGGACACCCACAUGGACCACCUCAGAUUGCUGUGUCGACUCUGUGGGACAGUCCUGAUGAAAGUCAAAGGUCCGGCACAUGACGUCCACGGUGAUCUUGAUAAUGUGACCAAAACUGCGCUCCGUAAAAUGGGCUGCCGGUUCACCACCUGGCCAGAGGUCAUUCACAAAGUCUUUAAAGUGGACGUGACGGACGACAUCGAAUCAGUGCACCCUCUCUCUUUCUGCCAUCGCUGCUGGAUGGUAGUCAUCCGAGGAGGAGGAUUUUGCAGCUUUUCCCGGACCAGAGUCCCAGAGUGGAAGCCUCACUCCUCCCACUGCAGCCUCUGUUCUCCCAGGAAGCCUUCGUUCCAACGGACUGGAAGGAAGAGGAGGACAGUGCUCCCUCGGGCUCACAGCUUGCCCAAACGGACCAGGUGGGAGUACAGUGACAGCAUUGUAAUUGGUGAGAGGCGACUUUUGAAACCAUUUGGCGAACGUAACCGCAGCUCAGCGCCCAGGGACAGUAAAAAAGCUAGUGUCCAGAGAGAGCAAUGGGUGCGGAAUAUCACCCACUGUCAGAGGGACCACCUGAGUGCCCAGCUGGUCUCUGGGGGCCUUCCAGUCGACUUCCUUUUUGCCUUCACCUGUGCGGUAUGUGACCACCUGCUCUCUGACCCGCUCCAGUCUCCCUGCGGGCAUCUCUUCUGCCGCAGCUGUAUCACCAAAUACACUCACGCAUUUGGAUCUCGCUGCCCGGCCUGCAACUCAUCCUGUACCUCGGACGACCUCUCCCCACCUGCCAACAGCUUCUUAUCAGCUCUGCAUUCACUGCCUCUGCUUUGCCCGAGAGGCUGUAACGAGCAUAUAAGGCUGGACUCAUUUAAAACACAUUGUCUGGGUCACGAUCUGGGAGAUCAGAAGGAGAAGCCGUCAGAAGUCGACUACCUGCUAAUCAAUAAGGGGGGAAGACCUCGUCAGCACCUGCUAUCGCUGACCCGACGUGCACAAAAGCAUCGGCUAAAGGAGCUGAAGAGCCAUGUAAAAGCUUUUGCGGAGAAAGAGGAAGGAGGUGAUGUGAAGGCCGUGUGUCUGACUUUGUUCCUUCUGGCGCUGCGUUCUGGAAAUGAGCACAAACAGGCGGACGAGCUGGAGGCCUUGAUGCAAGGCCGUGGCUUCAGUUUGCAUCCCGCUGUUUGCUUGGCCAUCCGGGUAAACACUUUCCUCAGCUGCAGCCAGUACCACAAAAUGUACCGCACCGUCAAAGCCACGAGCGGGCGGCAGAUCUUCCAGCCCCUGCACUCGCUCCGCGCUGCAGAAAAAGAGCUCUUACCCGGCUUCCACGACUUUGAGUGGCAGCCGGCUCUCAAAAAUGUCUCCCCGAGUUGCAACGUGGGUAUUAUUAACGGGCUCUCGGGAUGGACGUCUUCGUUGGAUGAUGCUCCGGCUGACACCAUCACACGUCGGUUUCGUUAUGAUGUGGCGUUGGUGUCUGCGCUCAAAGAUCUCGAGGAGGACAUUAUGGAGGGGUUGAAAAACAGCGGACUGGAUGACAGCGUGUGCACCUCGGGCUUCAGUGUCAUGAUCAAGGAGUCGUGCGAUGGGAUGGGCGAUGUCAGCGAAAAGCACGGAGGAGGGCCUGCCGUUCCGGAGAAAGCAGUUCGUUUCUCUUUCACUAUAAUGUCAGUGACUUUGGUGACGAAUAACGAGAAGGGGGAAGUGUCCAUCUUCACUGAACCCAAGCCAAACUCAGAGCUCUCCUGCAAGCCCCUCUGCCUCAUGUUUGUCGAUGAAUCCGACCACGAGACCCUUACCGCCGUCUUGGGGCCUAUAGUGGCUGAACGCAACGCCAUGAAAGAAAGCAGGCUCAUCCUAUCCAUCGGCGGCCUCGCUCGGUCCUUCCGGUUUCACUUCAGGGGGACAGGUUACGACGAGAAGAUGGUGCGAGAGAUGGAAGGGCUGGAGGCGUCAGGGUCUACUUACGUCUGCACGCUUUGCGACACCACCCGCGCCGAAGCUUCCCAAAAUAUGGUUCUGCACGCCAUCACGCGCAGCCACGAUGAAAACUUGGAGCGCUACGAAAUCUGGAGGCAAAACCCUUACUCUGAGUCCGUCGAGGAGCUCCGAGAUAGGGUCAAAGGUGUGUCCGCUAAACCGUUCAUGGAAACCCAACCGACUCUUGAUGCUUUGCACUGUGACAUCGGCAACGCCUCGGAGUUCUACAAAAUCUUCCAGGAUGAGAUCGGGGAGGUGUAUAGCAAGGUUAACCCCACUCGGGAGGAGCGGCGCAGCUGGAGAACGGCCCUGGAUAAACAGCUGAGGAAGAAGCUCCGGCUCAAACCUGUAAUGAGGAUGAAUGGGAACUAUGCCCGCAGGCUGAUGACCCAGGAGGCUGCGGAGGCCGUGUGCGAGCUGGUGCCCACAGAGGAGCGAAGGGAGGCCCUGAGGGAGCUCAUGAGGCUCUAUCUCCAGAUGAAACCCGUCUGGAGAGCCACCUGCCCGGCAAAGGAGUGCCCCGACCAGCUGUGCCGCUACAGCUUCAACUCCCAGAGAUUCGCCGACCUCCUCUCCUCCACCUUCAAAUAUAGGUACAACGGGAAAAUAACCAAUUACCUGCACAAGACCCUGGCUCACGUCCCGGAAAUUAUCGAGAGAGAUGGGUCCAUAGGGGCCUGGGCCAGCGAGGGGAAUGAGUCGGCAAACAAACUGUUCAGGAGGUUUAGGAAAAUGAACGCGCGGCAGUCUAAAUCGUUUGAGUUAGAGGAUGUGUUGAAGCAUCAUUGGCUGUACACAUCUAAGUACUUGCAAAAGUUUAUGGAAGCACAUAAAGACUCAGCAAAAGCUCUGCAGGCCGUCAUUGACCCUGAGGAGGCUAGAGACGAUGAAGAAAUGACUCUGGACGUCACAGACUUUUAGUUCAUUUUCAUUAUAUAUAUGUCACAUAAUGUUAAAGCAACUGUAUCAGAUCAAUAAAUGUGAAGGUGAAUGGCUUUUUUUACUGUUAUUGUGACACAGUAUUUUUAUUUGCAAGGCCAAGUUGUUGUAGCAUAUUAUAGCUACCUGGAAAAUAGGUACAGCCGCAAUUAUUGUAAAUAGAAGAGUUCAUUUG